GAUUUUCUCGGAACUUCUGGAAUCAAAGCAGAGGGAAAAUCACUACCAAUGGCAGCAGAGAAACCGAACUCAAAGAGGCAAGCAUGGUUUUGUACCACAGGCUUGCCCAGUGACAUCGAAAUCGAAGUCGACGACAUGACAUUUCAUCUGCAUAAGUUUCCUCUGAUAUCCAAGAGCAGAAAACUCCACCAGCUGAUUACAGAGCAUAAGCAGAGACUAGAAGAGAGUGACGACAACAGGAAACGCCAUGAACAAGAGGAAUCAGUAGAAAACAACGAUUAUCUUCACAUCAGACUCGAGGAUUUUCCAGGAGGUUCGGAGAUUUUCGAGAUUGUGGUAAAGAUAUGUUACGGCGUCAAAGUCGAACUCUCUGCUUCAACAGCUGUUCCACUCCGGUGCGCCGCGGAGGAUCUCGAAAUGUCGGAAGAGCACUCACCGGAAAACCUAAUCUCAAAGACGGACAAGUUCCUCUCACAAUCCGUCUUCAAUAGCAUACCAGAAUCCAUCAAGGCGUUGAAAGCGUGCGAAUCAGUCUCUACUGUAGCCGAAUCCAUCGGUAUAACGAAACAGUGCAUAGAAUCAAUCGUCUCCAGAGCUUCAUCACCAGAUCCGUCGUUGUUCGGUUGGCCAAUAAACAAAACGAAAUCGGCCGAUACAAAACAGAGCAAUGAUUCGAAAUCGGAGCUAUGGCUCGAAGAUCUAACGGAAUUGAACUUCCCGAUCUUCAAACGAGUAAUCCUAGCCAUGAAAUCAAGAGAUCUAAGUCCCGAUCUAGUAGAGAGCUCUCUGAUUCGUUACGCGAAGAAGCACAUCCCCGGAAUCUCGUCGCGGUCUUCGUCAUCUUCCUCCUCCUCCACCAUAGCGUCAGAGAACAAUCAAAGAGAAUUGUUGGAGACGAUAAUCUCAGAUCUUCCGUUAAAUCACUCCUCGAAAACCGCAACGACGACGAGAUCUCUCUUCGGGUUAUUACGAUCCGCCAUCAUCCUCAACACCUCCGAGAAAUGCCGGACGUUCCUUGAGAGAAAAAUCGGGUCGCGGCUGGAGAAAGCGACGCUCGACGAUCUGCUCAUCCCAAGUUACUCGUAUCUCAACGAGACGUUAUACGAUGUCGAUCUGGUGGAGAGGCUCGUAGGUCAUUUCCUCGAAAUCGCCGUCGUAUCUUCGUCGCUGACGGUGGUUGGGAAACUAAUCGACGGAGUUCUCGGCGAAAUCGCAUCGGACGGUAAUCUCAAACCGGAGAAAUUCUACAGUUUAGCGAUUUCUCUCCCUGAUGAAGCACGGCUCUACGACGACGGACUCUACAGAGCCAUCGAUAUAUAUUUAAAGGUGAUUAAAAAUAUAUAACAUUG